CUCCUUCCGUGAGCAGGGGGGAGGGGGCGACGUCAGUGUUUGUGUGGAAGAUGGCGGAGGCUGCGGCGGUUCCACAGCAUCGCUUCUUCUGUCACUGUUGUAAAGGUGAAGUCAACCCCAAACUCCCGGAGUACAUUUGCCCCAGAUGUGAGUCUGGCUUCAUAGAGGAAGUGACAGAGGAUUCCAGUCUCCUGGAGGGCGGAGCCACAGGGAUCAAUGAUGACGUAGCCACACAGUUUGCAGAGCUCUGGCACCUGCUGUUCGUGGAGCGCUCGCCGCCUUUCGCCAUGGAUUCGGACGCCCUGGACGCGGACCCCCGGGUCUCCGGGGGCGGGACGGCGGGGGUGCCCGUCGGGGGAGGGUCGGGGGGCCCCCUGGGGUCCCCGCUGGGCGGGUCGGAGCACUGGGUGCCCGGCCGCCCCCCGCGCCUCCACAGUCAGAGGAGGUACCGGUCCCGGGGCACCACCCGACCCGACCGCACGCCUGCAGUGGAGGGGAUAGUACAGCAGUUUCUGGCUGGUCUGUUUGCCAACUCCGGAGGACCCGGGUCCCCCCCAUUGUCCUGGACAGGCAUGCUGCACUCAAACCCCGGGGACUACGCCUGGGGCCAGGGGGGUCUGGACGCCGUCAUCACGCAGCUGUUGGGUCAGUUUGAGAACACGGGCCCCCCACCGGCGGAGAAGGAGAAGAUCUCGUCCCUCCCCACAGUCAUCGUUUCUCAGGAACAGGCCGAUUUGAAUAUGGAGUGCCCGGUGUGUAAGGAGGAUUACUCGGUGGGAGAGCCCGUUCGGCAGCUUCCCUGUAACCAUUUUUUCCACAGCGGCUGCAUAGUGCCCUGGCUAGAAAUGCACGACACGUGUCCCGUGUGCAGAAAGAGCCUGAGCGGAGAGGACCACAGCGGCCAGCUCCCGACAGACCCCUCCUCCCACAGCACUGAUCCCCGCCCACAGGAGAGAUGGUCCUUCUGAGAGAGAGCAGCUCUACGCCCCCCCAUCCCUCCCUCCAUCCAUCCAUCCAUCCAUCCAUCCCUCCCUCCACCUCCGUCUUUAUCUCGCUCUACGGACACUGGAGAGAGACUGUUUCCACCCUCCCCUCCUCCUCCUCCUCCUCCACACCUCCGUCUCUCCGUCACCCUGCUCCUCAUCCUCUCGCUCGCUGAAGGCACACCCUCCGUUCAUCCCCCCCCAUCCCGGCUGCUGUCGUCCGUGCGUCUCUCUUUCUCUCCCUCCCGCGCCCCCUUUCCCGUCCGAUUUUUUUUUUUUUUCGCCUGGACUCCGGAGACUUCCGGAAACUUCCGUCAGAGCCUCCGAAAGCGUUCCCGCGGCAACCGCGGGGCGCCCGGGCGAGAGCGAGCCGGUUCCCGGCCCCGUUCCGAAACGCGGCGCGGCGGACGAACACGGCUCUCGUUAUCUCCUCUCCCCCCGCCUCCGGUUUCCCCACGCACACAGCAGCCCGGCCAUCCUUUCAUCUCUACACCCUUUCAUCUUUCUGUCGUCAGAAGCAGGGAGUCAUGCUCGCCCUCGCCCCCUCCGUCUUUACACUGGCCCUGAUCUCCGCAUAUGGCUGUCCCGCUGUCUUGUAUAUAUUAUACAACAGCGGGUCCUUGUUUCUUUGGUGAACAGUUUCAUUUGUUUUUUUGUUUUGUUAUUUUUUUUUGCUUUCUUUUCAUCUCAAUCACUCUAUUUUUUUAAUGUAAAUAGUUUUAGUCCAACAACUGGUUAAUACGAAGCCUAUCGAUGACUACGAAAUGAGGGAUCCUCAAAGCGUCAUGAAGCGUGCGUGCGCGUGUAUACAUACGUGUGCAUGUAGAGGCACUUCUAUAUGUACACGUAUGUGUACAUGCCUAUACGUCUGUGUAUAUAUGUGUAUGUAUAUGCAUAUAUAUGUAUGACAACAAAUUAAAUCAAGACAAAAGGAAUAAAAAAUGGUAACACAUUGAUAAUUCUGUGAACAGACUCAUUCAGUAGAAGGUGAUAAAGUGGGUGUAUGUAUGUAUGUAUGUAUGUGCGUGUGUAUGUAUAUGUAUAAUAUAUAUGCACAUAUCUAUAUUUGUAUAUAUAUAAUAUGUAUACAUAUCUUUGAUGUAUGAUUUCUGUAAAACAGUUGCGUUUUUGGCGGGUCUAAGGUAUUGUUGUGCUGGAGUUUUGAAUAAAGUGCAUGUAAAUAUGGACGUGAA